GCGUCUUGAAAGAUAAACUUGCAUGGGUGAUAUAAGGAACCGAGAGAAGCUUGUGAAAUACGAAAUCCGCGGAACUUGGUUUUCUCGACUACCUCCUCGCUUCUGUCAACAUGGCAGAUUCCGGGAAGAGCGCGACUGUCUUAAAGGACUCUACGGCUGUUACUGCGACUGCUUUGGAUACAGACGUUCUCUCGGCCGUAAACCGUGCAGCCGGUGCUUCGAAUGAGGCUCCUCCGCUCCUGGAGGACGACAAGUCGGAUGACGGAUUGAAGACGAAAGAUCCUGAGCGAAACGAAUCAGAUGACGAAAGAAAGCUCGUCAACGGCGGAGUCGUGAUUAGGGAUGGCAACGAUGUCGCCAGAUACGUCGUCAAUACCCAAGACGAUGGUGAUGUAUCUUGCACUUUUAGGUCUUUCAUCAUCGGCUCUGGCCUAACCGCCCUUGCAGCCUGCAUCAAUCAAAUUUACUUCUACAAGCCCGUCGAUGUCUCUUUUGCUUCGGUCCUUGACCAUAUACUGAUGAUUUGCCCCGGGUUCCUUUGCUUAAUGGCAUAUGUGAUCGGAGUUGCCUGGUCAGUUGUGCUCCCUCGACGGCAGCAUGUUGAGAAGUACCUACCAUCGCAAGCAAGAUGGCUAGGACCAGUCGUUCACUUUAUCAAUCCUGGUCACUUUGGCUUGAAGGAACAUGCCGUCGCAUCAAUUCUUUCCACAUCAAGCGGAAAUGGCGCUGCAAUCGUGCAAGUCUUUGGCGCAGAACGGCUGUUCUACAACCGCACCACAGAUCCUGCCACGGCAAUUCUGACAGUUUUCUCGGCUUCGAUCUUCGGGUACGGCCUCGUAGGCAUCCUACGAUCCAUCAUUGUCCACCCGAGUGAAAUGGUCUGGUGGCAAUGCCUACCCAUGAUCUCCAUCUACCAGACUCUCCACCGGGAGCCCGAAGGCAACAACAAAGACAGGCUCCGAAUGUUCGGCUUCACCUCCAUCGGCAUGUUCAUAUGGGAGCCCAUAGCAUCCUACAUCUGGCCUUGGCUGAAUGGCAUCUCCGUCCCCUGUCUCGCCUCCAUGAAGGCCUCGCCGCCAACUCGGAAGGUCCUCAUGACAAUAUUUGGCGGUAUCAACUCCAACGAGGGCCAGGGCAUCUUCAACUUUUCCCUGGACUGGCAGUAUAUCACGUCGCGGUACAUGUCCCUGCCGCUCCUGCAACAGGCCAACUCCUGGGUGGGCAUCGUGCUCUCCUACAUCAUGUGCUUCAGCCUCUACUAUGGCGGGGCAUGGGGCGCCAAGAAGUUCCCGUUCAUGUCGACGGCCAUGUUUGACGGGAAGACUGGCAAGGUCUACAACCAGACGGCCGUAUUUGGGCAAAACGCAAUUCUGGACACUGAGGCGUUGGCAGUACAUGGGCUUCCGCGAUUGACGGCGUCCAACGUCUGGGCAAAUAUGGCGGCGAUGGCUGCUAUAGGAGCGCUGCUCACCCACAUAGCUCUAUUCUACGGACCACUCAUCAAGCGAUCGUUGAAACAAGCUUGGAAGAAGGAGGAGACAGACAUUCACUACAAAAUCAUGCAAGAAAACUACAAAGACGUCCCGAUCUGGUGGUACGUCGCCAUCCUUCUUGUUGGCUUCUUCACUGGUCUUGGAGCUGUUAUCAAGGGCCACACCACCCUUGAUGCCUGGGCAUACGUUUGCGCCAUUCUGCUCGGAUGCAUUGUUGCACCAUUUUCGCUAUGCUUGUACGGCUUGCUCGGCACUAGCGUCGCCACGAACAACCUCUCUAAGAUGUUGUGUGGCGUACUUCAACCCGGAAAACCCGUCGCCAAUCUCUACUUCUCGAUGUUUAGUCAUGAGGUUACUGUCCUCUCCGUGUUCUUGUCAACUGACCUCAAGAUGGCUCAAUAUCUCAAAAUUCCAUGGAGAACUAUGUUCAUCCUGCAAACUUGGGGGAGUUUGUUUGGAACAGCGUUGAACUACGUUAUAAUGGACACAAUUGUGGCGAAUCGUCGAGAGAUUCUCCUUGACCCGAUCGGCACCCAAGUUUGGAGCGGACGCAAGAUCCAGUCUCUGAAUACAACUGCAGUCACUUGGUCGCUUGCCAAGUACGUCUAUGGAUUUGAUAAAGAUGGUUAUGGGUGGAUCCCUCUCUCUAUCGUCGUUGGGGCUGCUAUUCCUGUUGUCCUGUGGCUUGUAUCCAAGAAGUACAAGACCAUUUAUGGCUGGGAAGUGAGCAAGUUCAUUACCCCUGUCAUAUUCCACAAUGCCUCUGAGACAACAUCCGGAACUACUUCUGUCAUCUGGUCUCAAGUCGUGGUCGGCUUGUGGUCUCAGUGGUAUAUGCGGUUGCGUCAUCCUGCUUGGUUUGGCAAGUACAACUACAUCAUCGGCGGUGGCCUCGAUGCAGGUGCCAAGGUCAUGAUGUUCAUCUUGACCUUUGCCGUUGCCGGCGGUUCAGGCAAAGAGGUGCCUUUUCCUACGUGGUGGGGUAACCCGGAAUCUAGUUCAAAGCAGUAUGCUGAUUACUGCGGUACUGGCUAG